AUGUUUGCAAUUUCGAGAUGUUUCCGGUUGAGUCGCUGCCUUCCGGCCUUUAGACGCGGUCUGAGCGAAUCAAGCCAGUCUGGACCUCGCACCCUAGUCGCCAUCGACUUCGACAGGACCAUCGUGGAGCAGGACUCAUAUUUGGCGGUGAGCCAGCUGCUGCCUACCAGGCAACGCAAGGAGAUGCAGGAUCUGAUCCCCAAGUGCGGCUGGCUGAACUUCAUAAGCCGAGUGUUGCAGCUACUGCAUGGCGAGCACAAGGUCAACUUCGCGACGGUGGCAAUGCGUGUGCGCAGCCUGAGAGCCGUGCCUGGAAUGCUGCGAGUGGUGCGCCGGUUGGCCAGAAUCCCCGAGGUCGAACUGUGCAUCGUGAGUGACGCAAACUCCUUCUUCAUUGACGAGUGGCUGCAGGCGUACGACAUUGAGUGCCUCUUUGCCGGCGGCGUGUUCACCAAUCCCGCCUGCGUCCAAGCGAGCGGCGCGGUGCUGGUGCUGCCCUACCAGGAGCAGGGUGACUGUGAUCUCUGUCCCUUUAACUUGUGCAAGGGGUCCGUGCUGGAGGAGCUCACGUGCAGUGGACGGUACGAGCGCGUGAUCUAUGUGGGCGAUAGUUGCAACGAUCUGUGCGCUAUGAAGCAGUUGCGGGAAAAGGACGUGGCCUGCAUCCGGCGCGGAUACGAACUGCACGGAAAGAUAGCCGCCCACGGCCAGGAACUGGCCUGCUCCGUGCUCACAUGGCGCGACGGCCACGAGCUGGAAGAGCUCCUGAUGCCCAAAAUCGUGGCGUAGAGUUUGUGGUAAGGCCAGGUUAUUAAUGCUGCUGUUUUAUUCGACUUAAAAAUAAAUCUUUUAGUAUGUA